AUGGGAGCUCAAUAUUCUGCAUGAGAGAGGAAGAACAGCAUAACUUUAAACUGGCACUUCGGAUUUUUUAUUUGAAGGUUUAUGUAUACAACUUUCCAGGAUUGCAUGAAUGAGAACUGAAAGAUCUCAAUUGCCAAUCCCAAUAGACAAAAUUAUAUCUUCCGAGUAUCCAGUUAUUCUUUCAUGGAUCUCCAGUCUUUCGAUCUCAAUGCGCAGAUGGUAGCAGACUACAAGAUAAUCAUACGUAAAUAAUGAUGAGGAAUUUGUAGCAGUAGGGUUAUAGGUCUGGGUUUUGCUUUACGACCCCGUUUCGGAGGCUGGUGGAGCUCAAACAAAUGGUGAUUCGACGACGGCGGAACCAUAAACUAUAUAUACAGAUUUGCUAAUGGCUUCUCAACCUAUCUCGCAUAUAACCGCGGUUAUAAUCUCUCCCUUAAUCUUGAUACCAGGAUUUAUGAUAAUACUAUGAGUGAGUCAGUAGAAGAAAAGAAAGAAGUUUUCUCAUUCAACGCAGAAUUUGACGAAGAAGAGAUCAUUGAUGGAGAAGAUCUUAUAGACAUAAAGCUUCCAGAAAAUCCAGAUCAUCUAGACAAAGUUCAUGAUUUCACUGUUUUUAGGAUCGAUCAAGAGGUCGGCCUCCUUGCCAAGAUUGAAGAAUGGACUGUAGACGCUUUUGCAAAAAUGUAUAAAGAGGAAACAAUUUCUCAAGAUUCAUUUGCUGAAAGCAUUAUGGUAUCAGGAGGAAAUGUCUCCCCUGAAGAGUUUGAGGAACUAAUCAAGGAAAACAACGCCUAUGAGGUUGAAUUACCUGAAGAACAACCACAAGAUCAGUACAACAAGAAGAGGAAGCAGCUGAUAUUGAUAUUUAUGAUUAUGAUCAUAUCAAUAAACACAAGAGCUUGGAUCUGAUGGAAAAAGAACUCAUCAGAUCCUUCGAGAAAGAGAUUGAAAGAGGGUUUGCCGAGGAAGAAUAUAAUUUCAGGAGGCAUUUCUUCUAGUUUCUUUGUUAAAUUAAUAUCAGAAAUGAUUAUCAUACUUAUUUGUAAAUAAAAUUCUACCAUCUAA